AUGCUUAAAUCAGACCUUAAGGAUUUGGAAAAUUUUCCAUCAGUUUAUGAUUUCAGGCAAGACACAGCAGCAUAUUUGCUCGAAGAGUCCUCUACAUACAUAAUAAUAGCUGCUCUUUGUGACUUGGGCUGUGAAUUUGGAGUUUUCAAGGCGACAGUGGCUUUCUCUGACCCUGAUGCCCGGGCCACAGAGUGGACAGUCCACCCCGCCCCGCUCGGGGAGCCGGGUUCGCCCAGUCCCGCCGGCGGCGCGGUCCCCGCCCACCCCAACUCCCCGCCGACCGCGGGCAGAGAGCAGGCAGGGAGCGGGCACCGCGCGGGUUUUGAAGCCGCGCGGCGCACCGGGACGCUGAGCGCCACGGCAGGUCUCACAGGUCUCAAGGUCCCCGCGCGGCCGUCGCCGCUCAGUUUCUGCAGCGCCUUCUUCCACUACAAGAUGAACACUGUUCUGCCUUGCCAAGACCAGUACUUUGUAGGAGGUCAGAGUUAUAAUUGCCCGUAUUCCACUACAACGUCAGAAUCUAGUGUUGACGUUUCCACGGAGACUUGGGUCUCUUUCUGGGCUGCUGGUCUCCUGGACAACAGAGAGCCCCAACAAGCACCACAGGCACUGGAAUCAUCCUGUGACUCCAGUUUCUCUGCUCCUAACUCUUGUUCAUGGGAAGAAGCUCAGCUUUCCUCUCAGCUCUACAGAAACAAGCAGCUCCAAGAUACUCUGGUGCAGAAGGAAGAAGAACUUGCUAGGUUACAUGAAGAGAAUAAUCAUCUCAGACAAUACCUGAAUUCUGCUUUGGUUAAAUGUCUUGAGGACAAGGCCAAGAAAUUGCUGUCAUCAGAUGAGUUCUCCAAAGCAUUUGGACAAUUCAGAAAGGGAAAGAGGAAACCCAAAGAGCAAAGAUACUUUCCUCCUGAGAUCCCCCACCACAAAAAUGCCAAGAGAAACCUCUCUAGUGAAUUUGCUAACUGUGAAGGACAACCUGGGCCCCCUGUGGACCCUUGGGUUCUUCAGACCCUUGGGUUAAAAGACCUCAACACCAUCGAUGACACUUUAUCAGCUAACUACAGUGCCCACUCCUCUCAUCCCAGAAGAAUUGCCAGCACAUUUCCUCCAUUUCUGGAUGAUGCAGUUGAUUAUGAAAAUGUCCCCAGGGAGGAUCUGCCAAUUGACUAUGGAGGCGACCCAGCAACCCCCUCACAUAGCACUGCUGGGCACAGGGAAGAUUUUCACUUCCUUUCUCAACUUUCAAAUCCCCCAGGAGGGCUUCAAACUUCUCCUUACUAUACUUCUGAUGUGUCACCCAAUAAAACAGAGAUGGCCUUUUCCACAUCCCUGAGCCCUCACUGUAAUGUGAAAACUCACUCCUUCCACCAGGGACAAGCCUUUGUUUGUCGAGAUGAGGAGGGAGGCUGGAAGUUUACCUGGGUCCCUAAGCAGUCUUAG